AUGCUCUCGCGGUCGAGAACGGCAUUCGUUACGCUAGUCUUUUUGAUCGCCCUUAUUUGCUUCUUAUGGCGAACAACCCUCCACGAAAGUAUCAGUCAUGUCACCACCCUCAAGACGCCCGCCGACCAUCCAGGAGAAGAUGUAGGAGAAACUGAGAAGACCUUUGACUCCGAGUUUCCCUCCGCUCCACUCACCACGUGUCCAGAGUCGGCGGAAUGGCUCCGCGAGCUCGAGGGCGUGGAAGACCUUCGCUGGCCACUGCGAUACUCUCGUCGAGAUGUCAUUGUCCGCGAAAUACCGGACCUCGACCGCAAAUCUAUCACCAAGAUUUCCGGCUCCCUGCUCCCAAGAUUUCAAGAAAUCGCUUCUCCCGCCGCAUCCUUAUUGGCGCCAAAAUCCUGUGAGCCACCGAUCCAUCUGGACGUUCCCCCAUUUCCCAGACACAUCGAUGCCUCACAUAUUCUUCUCGGUCUUGGAACGAACCUUGAUCGUCUUUCGCAGUCUUUGACUUUCUUCCAGCGCUGGGCUUCCCGAGCCUCCAUUCGGCUCCUGAUUAUCGUCACACCUAACAACGAGGGCGUUGCCGCCACAUCGACGCAAAUAUCUGAAAUGGAGUUGCGGAUGCGAGGGCUAGGUAUUGACGCCAACUUGAUCCCACCUCUCGAGAAGAAAGGCGAGAACAUCCACCACUACCUCUCACUCAUCAAACUUCUAUGGAAACACCGAGACGAGCACACUCAAUGGUUCGGCUUUGUAGAUGACGACACAUUCUUCACCUCCGUAUCCAGUCUAGUCUCUCGCCUGUCAGAGUUUGAUCCCAAGAAACUCUGGUAUCUGGGGGCCGUAAGUGAGGAGUGGUGGACAGUCUGCCAAUACGGAUUUCUGGCCAUGGGCGGAGGUGGCAUCUUCCUCUCAGCACCACUACUGGAGAUUUUGGAGGGAGAGUACGAGGAUUGUAAGAAAAUUGCCAAACGCAUUUUCGGCGACCACAGACUCUACGAAUGCAUAGCUCACACCACCGACGUGCGACUCACCCAAUUCGACGGGCUGUACCAGAUGGACCUGCACGGUGACCGCUCCGGCGUCUUCGAGAGUGGCCGCCAAAUCAUCUCCCAGCACCACUGGAAAGAGGGGUAUUGGUCCGAAAACGGCGCAGGGGCGGACAUGAUCCGCCAUUCUCGCUGGUUCCCCAUGGACGCUAUGUCACUCGUCCAAGAUGUCUGCGGGGAAAACUGCUUCCUGCAGCGGUGGAUGUUCGGCAAAGACACAGUAUUGACGAAUGGGUACAGUAUUGCGGUGUAUCCGAAAGGACACGCGAGGGAUAUUGUGUGGCGCGACAUGGAGAAGACGUGGGCGACAAGCGGCGAGGUUGAUGGGAGUCUGAAUCCGGGGUAUGAUCAUUACUUGGGCCCGUUGCGGGAUGCGUUGAAGUUAGAGGAGGAGAAAGUGCAUUAUAGAUUUCUGGACGCGAAGGUCGUGCCUGGGGGAGGGGUGAGGCAGUACUAUCGGAGAUUUGGGCAAGAUAAAAGGUUGGAUGAGCUGGUGGAAUUAGUUUGGACAUUUGAAGGGGAUGUGAAUGGCACGGUGAGGUGA